AUGAAGAAGCUUAAGAACGUCGAGGCGAGACGGGGUGAACCCCGCCGUGACGACAAACAAAUGGGGCAGUGGAAGUGUUGCACAGAACACCCCUCUUUCAAGAUUCCCGGCUUGGUAGAGGCCAAAAGAGGGACUGUGGAUCCUGAGAGGCCAAGGAUCUGGUGCGACACAGCAGUGCAGGCGGAGGCGUGA